GGCUUAUCUUUCUCUAUUACCUUCUGUUUCUGUGCCUGUGUUCUUUAUCUUUCCCUCCGUCUUUUACUUGAAUUUUCGAAUUUCUCUGGCUGUAUCAAAAUCAAUGAUAGCCACAAACCCCACACUGUGUUACUGUCAAGUUUUGGGUUUUUAUUACAUAACUCUGCCUGUUCCGUUGGAUCAGGCUGAGGGUUAUUCGAUUGUAGUCGUUACAGAGAACCAGUAAUUAUUCAUCAACAAGAAUCCGCGAUGCAUUUCAAGGCGCUUAUGACGAUUGUGCAGAGUUUGGACAGUGAUACAAACGGGAUAAAACAGAGACGAUGUCCCAAUCGCUCCCUCGCUAGGCUGCAGACCUACCAGGUAAAAUAUUUUGUUUUGCGUUCAAGUGAUUUUGCUUUACAGCUGACUAAUCAGCUCUUUAAACACACCGCACUUGCUCAUUCAUUUUAAUAUGAAAGCAACCAAGCGCGAUCAGUAUUGUACAGUCUGUAGCCUGUCUUUUUACUUCGUUUCGUUCUGUGUCGAACUAUUACAGAGAACAUUGGUGCUUCAAAUGUUAAAACCCAAUUGCCCGAUGGACAUGUCCUGUGCAUUGCAAUCUUUGCUUUUCAAUUUUGUGCAGGCACUCCCUUCGAUCGGUCCAGUUCAAAUAAGCUGUGCAGCAUUGUUAACGACAAAAACAGGGGUUUAAAAUAUAUGCGCAUAUUUAAAGUUUUCGUUUUUAAGAACAAUCAAAUAUAGUUUUCAUUUUAGUACAGACUGUAAUUUGACUGAAUCAUACGUGAUGUUUAGGUGACCUUGAAAUAGAUGAAAAUGUAUUUGUCAGCAGCUCAAAUCCGCUUAGCUGCCCUUGUUUUCUUUCUUGACCUUUAUUUUUAUGCAUAUGUGCUGUAAAUAAAUUUAGUUUCUUCAACUGCACCUUUGUAGCUUUGGGGACGUCGUUGAUGGUUACCGGGAAUCCGAGCAACUGUCUUUCUUAUUUUUUUUUUAAUGCAGCUUGUAUUAAACCCCCUGAUUAAACAAAUUUCGGCGUUCAAUGACAUUCGCACCCUGUUUCAUUCAAUGCGCUAGUUGCAUCAAAUUAAGUGCGUGAAGUUCAGCUCAUUCAAACUCUUUAUUUUAACGCUUGGCGUUGGAAGUUUCUUUUGAUUGUAGCGGGUAUUUGUGCGACAGUUCCCUUAGGUUUGCAUUCCUCGUUCGAAACCACACCGGCUGACGAGAGACUGAAAACCGCUGUGACCGGCAGAGGAAGGCAUCCGAGAAUGUACGAUUUGAUGUACGUUUUAUGGCUUCUACCAUUUCAUCAGUCAAAAAGAAAAGAACUUACACCACAUACCAGCCAGAUUUGAACAUUCUUACUUUUUUUGCCGAAGAAAUGGAUAUUCUGAUAAUCGUAUAUUAUUCUGCGCAAUACAAGAGUUGCGAGAAUGAACUACCUUGCUUAUCAAAGUUGACUUUUCCAAUCUGGCCGGUCGUCUGAAACAGAACGAAAUGAUUGGGACGGCCCUUUUCUAAUAGCUUGGCGUUUUUGAAAAGAGUGAAAAUGUAAAAUUCCGCCGGCCGGUCAUAUUCUGUACAGUAACUGUAAACGUUGAUUUUUUUUUUCCACGAAAACGUAUGAAACACAUGAUUCAAGAAAUGUUACCCUAAAGAAUAAAGUAAAAAAAUUAUUGUACACGAUCGGACACAGAAAAACUAAACUGUAAAAGGUUGUGCGGAUGUUGCGAAAUAAACUUCGGUUUUAGGAAAAUUCACCACACGUCUAAAUUUCCGGUUCCUGUCACCUCUCGGGGGUGUAGCUCAGUGGUAGAGCGUCCGCUUUGCAUGCGGAAGGUCCGGGGUUCGAAACCCCGCACCUCCACUUUUUUUCUUGUAUAUAAAUUUUUCUUCCUUUUUUUCUUUCUUUUCCAUUAAGACCUUUUCUAAUUCACGGAAUGUUUAAAGUGCUUAACAGUGAAAAAGAAAGUUUCAGUUUACCUGUACUUAGUUCUAAUUUAUGUUUAAUAAAAAGGGACACACUCGUACACUCGAGUGGUUAAUUUUGAGGUUAAUUUUAUCGGGAUUUUUAAUGAUGGGAUCAUGAAGAGGUUGCAGCAUUAAAAUAAACAAGAUAUCAGGUGAAUUAAAAUAGUGAUCAACAUAAACCUUCUUCCGUCAAGAAUUCGGUGUGGACCGGUGAUUCGUUUUUGGGAUUUGUUUCUACACGCUUAAGCAUGUUUACACCUAAGCAUAUUCAAACCUGACCUUUCGCUGUACAUUUCCAGGAAAUUACUUCUUUCCUUUAGUUUAACAAUCUUUUAGCUUGUUUUUCCGUGUUUUCGACCAACUUCAUGCAGUAUUUUGUUUCUGUUAUGUAUUAUGUUGAUUUGAAUGAUGGUGGUGUAGCGUGUCUCCUGAUUUUCAAAUGUUUGUUGAAAUGAAUAUUUAUAGUUUUGAUUUUUACGGGUUGUUACAUGUUAUAUUUUGAAAUUGUCGACCUUUGGAUUUUCUGGUCACGCCAGUAAUUGAUUGACGGUAAAGUUUAGCCAGCCAGUAAAAGUUUGACUACUUGACAUGAUUUUGGAACAGUAAUUUUAGUAAUGUUGUUAUCCUAAGCUAAUACCAAAUGAUUUUUAUAUUUCUCGCCUUGUUUUAUAUUGAUUGGACAAACUAGGCUUCGCAACGAAAUUUAGGAACGAAAAUCGUGUAGUUUUGGCCAAACAAACAACUCGAAGCAUUGUAUGCUAAUGAGUCUGCUGGCCAAUCAGAAAGAGCCUUACUCACGCGUUAAUCUCCGCUUGCUGAUCAUGCAAAUGGCUUGUUGGUCAACUAUAAAAUCAAAGUGUGAUAAUUAAAAGAUACCGUAAAACUCCGAAAAUAAGCACUGAGGCCCUUUUUGAGGGGCUUAUUUUUGGUGGGGCUUAUAUUCGGGGGGCGGGGGCUUAUCUAUGGAGGGGAAUUUGCGUUUCAAAAUUGAUUGGACUAGCCUUAUAGUUGGAAGGAAAUUUACCGUUUUUGCUUUGUUUUGCUUUGUAUUUGAGGACAAUUUCCAAGAACAAGCCCCCGGGGGGCUUAUAUUUGGAGGGGCGAUCUAACGGAGGGUUUUUCGCGUUACAAGCUCGGAGGGCUUAUAUUUGGAGGGGCUUAUACAUGGAAGGGCUUAUUUUCGGAUUUUACGGUAUUACGAUUAUUCGCUAAUCAAAGAGGGUGUCCGGUUGCUUCGUUACAAGUCAUUUUGCUGCAUCAUGAAGUCGUUUCGCUGCAUCACGAAAUUGAUUCCCUUCAUAAUAAGAGUUGAGUCGCUUCAAAGACAUAUUUUCAUUGAGUCCACUCUUCGCGCGUUUUUUCUACCAGUGCGUGAAGCUAGCGUUUUUCACCGUUAAGCAAAAUUGACGUCCCUGUACAGUUUCACUAUUUUCCGCGAGAAAAUUAAAGCGAAUCCAGGGAAAGACUGAGUAUCGAUAACAAGGGAAGAAUACAGGACUAGUCAGCGCAAGUUGACUACUGAAGUCUGUUAUCUCAAAGAGUAGUUGCCGGCUAUUAUUACUUACCGCUUUGUUUCUUGGUCAAUACCCACCAUCCCCCCCCCCCCCCCCCGCCCCCCCCCCGGGUUCCCCCCCCCAAAAAAAACGGGGGAACAUAAAAACUCUUUUAAUAAAAAACCAAAUUUUUUUUCACGGUUUGGGGGGGAGGGUGGGUUUGGGGGAUUGGGGGGUUUUCCAAAGAAAAUAGCCUAAUGCAGUGUUCUAAGAAAAAAAAACAAAAACCCUCGACAAUGUCUCCAUUUUUCACGAGAAAAAAAAAAAGAAACCAGGGGAAAAAGGUGGGUCGCAAAAAAAGGGAGAAAAAAGGGGCAGGGUACGCAAAAUGUCUAUCUAAAGUUUUUUUUUCAAAAAGUUGGUGUCCGGCUUUUUUUCUUUCCCCCUUUUUUUUUUGUUAAAACCCCCCCCCCCCCCCCCCCCCCCCCCCCCCCAUCCCCCGAGUGUUCCACCACAGUAAAUAACUGGAGUAACGUAACACCUGUUAAUAAUGAAUCCACAUAUUUUUCACAGGGUUGUGAGGCUGACGAUGACUUGGAAGAUCAGAGUUACCAUCAGAAAGCUGAACCAGACUCAGUUUCACAAGAAACACAAGAAAAUACUCAGGUAUCUCUACCCAUCUGCUGGGCGUCAACCUUCCUCUUUGUUCAGUCCACCGUCCACUCAACCCAAGAUCAGGCCGAAUUAUAGCAGCUGUUAAAAAUGUUCCAAGAGAAUCAGUACCCAGAUUAUUCAUUGCCUCUUUAAUUUCAGAACGCAUUGCAAAGAAAGGGACGGAAAACUAUUCCAGUGGCUGAUCCAGGGGAGGGGGGGCGGAUGUUUGAUGGGUCCAGACCACCCUAAAGAAAUCCGAGCAAUUUUUUAAAGUGUUCAGAUACCUGCCACGAAAUUGAAAUAAGCCACCGAAGAAAGCCCGAAGCUUCGCUAACAACCUUCAUCUCAUAGCUUAAAAAUAAGACUUGCGUUUCAUGUGCCUUUCAACUAUGGGAUGUGAUCAACAUCAGUUUAUCACUUGUCACAAGGGACGACUAUUUCAAAUCUCGUUCUUCAUUUUUUUUCUUGUUGAAUGUCACGUGAAUUACGCGUAUAAUAACGACGUGGGUAUUCGUGGUAGAAACAAAUGUGUCACGCGGCACGAAAGAAUGGGAACUAUUGGCUUUUCCCGGGUGCACAAUGCAAGGUGGGCCCCUGUUAAGAAAAAUACCCAAAUCCACCCAUGUCGUCCUUUUAGGAAAAUCAGCCGGUUAAACAGUCUUUUUUUCCAAAGAAAGGGAGACUCAAAGAGCAUGACUGAAACAAGACUGAAACGUAGCAACUGCAAAAGUCAGAUAGAGAUUGACGGGCUUUUCGUUACUUAAACCAUCGAACCUCUACUUAGGUCCCUUGAUCCAAAGAUACCUAAUGAACCACGUGACUAAUAUUGGACACUUGGCCCUCUUUUGGGAGGGGGGGGAGUGUUUAAACGGGAGGUUUGACUCUACUUACGAAGGUUACUUUCUUAUUAUCAGGAUUACAAAAUCUGGCUGAUAUUUCGACUUGGCCUUCUGAGUGGCAUGUUCUUCGUUCUUUUUGCCGUGCUGGUGAUCGCAGGUGAGGAAAAAGAAACCGAUGGAAAGCAUAGACGUGCAGUCUAUUUUUUUACUCGAAUUUUUUCGAACGAGUUAAAGACACUUUGAUGGCCGGAAUUAGUUUAAUUCAGUCGGAUGUAAAUUUAAGUUGAUCGCUUAUAAAAAGAAAAAGUACUUUGGAGGUGCGGGGAUUCGAACCCCGGACCUUCCGCAUGCGAAGCGGACGCUCUACUACUGAGCCACACCCCCGACGAGUUGCCUCUUAAAUCGAAUUUGCCCGAGCAAUUACGCCAUAGUUAUUAAAGUGGAAUGGUUAUGAAACCCAUUAGACUCCUUUGUUAUAUGUUUUUUAGCUUUUUUGGACCUGACCGUGCACAACUUUCAUGAUCAAUAGCUUUCCUAUCAUUUUAAAUUUACUGACCAAUAGAAACAUCGCAUUAAUUUAUUCAGUCACAGUUUGUGAACAAAAGGAUUGUGCACGGCCAGGGGGCUUCCAACAUAAGCUACUUACAGCACCGUUGUUCUCAAGUUUGAUGUUUGCCGGCUUUCAUAAACAGAUCUAACCAGUCUCCUGUAUACCUAUGAUUACGUCAAGCCGACAAAAAACCAGCUGUUGACACUGGAAGGACGCCCCUAUCCACAUGGGUUCCGUUGACGGGGAUACGUUUUCAAAAAUGAGAUUUGCUGCUGUGUCAAAAAACAAAGCAAAUUCCGAAGUUAGCUAAUAGUUUUUCGAUCGUUUUGAAGACGACUUUUUCUGCUCAAACCUUUGUCAAAAAAAUGCUACAAGAAUAAUAUUUUAUGUUUAUAAGAUGGAAAUUUUCAGUUUAUAUUUUCAACUAAGUAAUAUAAAGAUAACUGCAUCUUUUUUUUGCGGCAUGGUCGCUUUAAAACCUUUCUUUUACUUUUUAAAAAACAUUUAUAUUAGUUUUUGUCUUUCCUGGUUCAUGAAAAUUAGAGAAAUUCAAAUCUUAUUUUUGCCACCAUGCGCUCUAAUGAACUAUAUCAGUUGAGAAGUGCUCUUUAAAUUCUUAGCUUCCAAUUUUAUUCACCUCUACAGCCAUAAAAGCAGACAAUGAUAUCCAGUGGGAGCCUGCGUUCCGUAUGUACAGAGGCCUGUUUCUCUUUGUCCUGGAAUUCUUUCUAUUUGGAAUCAAUCUUUACGGAUGGCAAUCUGUAGGCAUCAAUCACGCUCACAUCUGUGAUUUCAAGAAUAAAUUGUGCCCUCUUCGCGUGUUAGAAGUAAGUUAUAGACCGCAGGGGAGGGGGGGGGGACUCCUGAUCAAGCCAGAUAUAACGUUCAAGCUAAGUAAACACCUUUUUGCGAGCUUCAGUGGUGUAUUCCAGCGUAUCCGUGUAAUUUUUUCAAACACACCGUCUUGAAAAUGAAUAAAUCAUUUGAAAAUGUCGACUUUGCGGUUCAGUAUGGACGCAAAACACUUCGAGCAAGCUCUCUUCGGGCUGGUGGCGCGGAGGGGUGAAAAGUGGAGAGUAUUGUCGCCCCCCCCCCCCCCCCCCCCCCCCCCCCCCCCCCGGGGCGUGCCCCCCGGGGGCCACAAAACUUUAAAAAAAAACCCUUUUUGAACCUUUGGGGGGGGGAAAAUAUUUUGUUCUUCGGGGUUGAUUUUUUUCCGUUUUUAUUUAAAAAAUUAACAGUUUUUUCAAUUUUGGUUAACAGGGGGGGAAAUUAGUACCCCCCCCCCCCCCCCCCCCUCCGUGCCCGCUUCCCCUAGAGAGGUUGCUCGCAGGGUACAAAACAUUUUGAAAACAGACCUUUUUGGAAACGUUGACGUGGCGAUAAUCAUGUGAUUUCUGUGGUUCAGAUUUAUCCGGAUUAAUGUAAACAUAUGAGACUUUGUCCAAUUUUGGUGACAAGGUGUAGAUUAAGUGCUCACUGUAGUUAAGAAUUCAUCAUGUUUUUAAGUAAUUUUUUUCGUUAACAGACCUUAACAUAAUCUUUCUAACAUAGCGUUAACAUAGGUGACAUCCCAGCUGAACUGAAGUCAUGCGCGACUCGGGCAAAUUAAAACUAACAUACGUAUCCCUCAAAUGUUUCUUAUAAAGGACUAAGAGAAAAUCAGAAUGAAUAUUAUUAAAUUGAGACCAUAAAGGAAUAAACUUGUCCAAGACUUUUUUGACUAAAAUAAUAGCAUAUCAAUUUCACCCGCUUCAGUGCGCGUACAAAACUAUAGGCCUUUUGUUUUUUAACGCUUUUUUUCUUCUUCUCUUCUUUCUGAACAGCUUGGAAUCUUUUUCGCCGUUGCGUGGGGUGCAAGUGCUGUUGUUUUCCUUUUCUCCAAUCAGUUUGGAAUUGCUCAUUACGUUCAUCCUAUAACAUUGACCUGCAUGUUUGCAGUUUUCCUUAUCAACACCCUGAACUUUAAUUUUAGACACUGCAGAUUCUGGCUUCUUAAAGCCUUGGUAAGUGCGUUUUAUCUUAAAAUUGUUUUCAACAGUAGUUAUAUUUGUGGUUUGUUUUGCUUUGGCGCGUUUUCAAAAAUUAGAUUCGGUCGCGACACUUUCAGACCGCGAUCGGUUGCCCUUCGUUCAUCAGAGCCAAGCGCGGCGAGUGAAAAAGUAAAAUUACGUAAAUUAAUGGUAAAAAGGAGGAGAGAUUGUGGCUCAAAAAAAAAGGAAGAAAUUAGCAGUCUACGGCACUUUGUCUAGUUCUUACCUAUCGAACAAAGCGAUCGUGAUUCCAAUUCCUACCGCCCCGUCGCCCGCACUCGUUAACAUUUAGUUAUUACUAGUCAAAACUACUAUUUCUCUCAAAUAUCUUGGUCUCUUCUGGGAGGUGGUCACAUGGAGGUACGACGGUUAUUUCAUUCUUUAUGAAAAGAAAAGGGCGAAUUCCUUCAACACACCUCGUGGGGCGGUCGUGUCACGUGACCCGAAUGAUCCAGUCUUGCGAGAUAACAAAAAAUUAAGUAUGAUUCGAGUUUUGGUUUGGGUAUUUAAUUGUUUAUCGUUGUUUAAUUAUUUUUGGCAGUGGAGGGUUUUGACGGCGCCGUUCCACCAUGUAGCAUUUGCAGACUUCUGGCUAGCAGAUCAGCUAAAUAGUCUAGUGGUAGCCAUAUUGGACAUGGAGUACCUUGCGUGUUUCUAUGCCUUAGAUUUCUACUCGGUUCAAGGUAAAUAUUUAAAAUCAUGAAUUUUUUCUUUUAUCACUAUUUUAAUGAAACAGGCGAUUCAUUUUCGUUUGAAAAUGCAUACAUUUCGAAGCGUUGAGAUCUACCGUCCUCACUAAUACGCUGAGCGUUUUCAUUGAAAACGCAUGAUUUUAAAACUCUCUUGAAAAUGGAUCGAAACGAAAACGUAUACAUAUCGUAUUAAAGUGGACGGUCGAAAAAGGUCGAAAUGCAUCAAACGAUGACAGAAAGUAUCUUGGGUGCGUGUGUCUGUAGCAUUCGCGUAUAGUUCAACUUACGUCACAAAGUGCAAUUCUAUCGUUUUCGAACGUUUUAGUGUGGACAGUCGAAAACGCAUCAAAACGGUAGUGUGGACGCGAAUCGAUCGAUGCGUUUUCGAUGACAACGAAAAUGCAUACUUUUGAAAACGGAUUAGUGUGGACAAAGCCUAAAGCUAUAAAGAGAAAACUGAAAAUCAGUGCAAAAACUGUAUGUAGAGUUACAUAUCAGAGAAUUCAUAUGCAAGAUUCCAGUUGCGGUUGGCGUCUCGACCAACCUCGUUCCGAGUGUUCUCGAUCUCAUCUCGUCUACAAUCUGAUAUUUUCUUUUCUCUUCUCUACUUUUCUUAGAUCGUAGCCAAUGUGGUAGCAAGCAAUAUGGAUUGAGACCGCUGCUUGCUUGCCUCCCUGCUUGGUGGCGCUUCGCGCAGAGUCUGCGCCGAUAUGAUGAUACCAAACAGAAGUUCCCACAUCUCGCCAAUGCUGGAAAAUACUCCACGACAUUUUUUGUCGUCUUUUUUUCAACAGUGGCGACAACUAACAAAGGUAACUGUAUGUGAUAGCUCUGGGAUAACUUUGCCAUAAAAAAAUGGUGUUGUAACUUUAGCUGACAAGUCGUCCUUUGUUGUCAACAGAGAACUCCGGAAAACAACAAGUGGACUUCUAUUUCUUUUCCUGGAUCUUUUCAGCACUCGUAAGCACAGUUUACACGUACAUUUGGGAUGUGAAGAUGGACUGGGGUUUGAUGGAGCCAAAUCAUGGAUUUCUGAGAGCAAAGCUGCUCUUUAAAAACUUGGUAAGGACUGACAGUUGUGAAUAAAUAACUAGCGCUUGGAAGUAGUGGGCGAAAGAGAGAGCGGGCGCGCGCGAGGGAGACACGCGAGGGUCUCCUUCUCGCGCGUCCUUUUUUUCUUGUGCCCACUACUUCCAAGCGCGUACUACGCAGGCCAAUAAAUAACCAAAAAAAUGAUAACAACAACUAAAAUAAUGUAAAGUAGCCUUAGGGAGCUUAACCAAAGGCAUUUUUGAACAAUGUACGUCGACCGGAAGUGGACUUUUUGCAUCCUUGGGCAGUGGUUUUGCCAAAAUUUUCAGGCAAAUCGUCGUUAUUAUAACAGUAAAGACACUUAGCGAUGCAAAUUUGCUAGUGUCAAAGAUCUCACUUCCCGUCUACGUGCGUUGCUCAAAACUCCUUUGCUUAAGCUCCCUAGUCUCUAACGGAAAAAACGUUUGCUUUUUAAUCUCUUUACAGUGAUCGAUUUCGGCGGAAUUAAUUAAGAAAGUCACGUCUCGUAUUGUUUUUUUUUUCUUACAGGGAUUCUAUUACUUCGCUCUAGUUAGUGACUUGUUCCUUCGUCUUUCGUGGAUUCUGACUAUUUCCGUCGGAGAAGCGGGUCUUUUCCACUCGGAAAUUUUGACUGCGUUACUAGCUGUAUUAGAAGUCUUCAGGUAAGGCCACCUGAGUUAUUUGUAACCGCCGCCAUUAGCUCAUGUCAAGCUGGGCCUGUUAGUUAAUAGGGAGCUUCUGACAAACUGCAAAGGCUACGGCAGCGAAUUAGAAUAAACGAAUUGGAAUAAACGCGACAAAGUGACGACGUUUUCGCUGCCGUCGCAGUCGUCGAUGCUAAAACUUCCUAGUUUCUUUUUGAAACCGCUCUCCAGAUUGGUUUUUAGGCUCUUUCUACACCAACCUCGUUCCCAGGUUCUCACUCCUACCCGUCGAGAGACUCUCUCUCUCUCUCUCUCCCUCGUUCCCUCGGGACGGGUAAAAGAGAACCCUGGGAAUGAGGUUGUUUCUACACGUACGAGUCCGGGUAAAAAGAGAUGUGGUUUCAAGAAUGUCCGGAUACGUGUGGAUGGCACCAAGGAACCCAAGGAACGGGAAAUGAAAAAGUGGGAACAAAACCUAACUUGGUUCGCGUGCUCGUUCCUUCUUUCCCGUUGUCCAUUGCCCGUUACCCGUUGCACCUUCCUCACUGUAGUAGCAUCUGAUUCGAUAACCAACAACAAACACUGCAUUACCCAUAUUCGUGUGUCAAUUAUGAGCCAUUGCUUUACACUUUGCUUAACUAACUCCUUGCUCUCUUCACAGACGAUUCAUCUGGAAUUUUCUACGCGUAGAAAAUGAACAUCUAUGCCGACUAAAAGGAGCAAAUCACACUCACAGUCGAGAGGAACUGAGAGAAUAUGACGAAGAUACUGUAUCCGAAGAAGUCGAGGAGUAGUCGGGAAUGCGAAAGUUGCCGAAGAUUCAAGACGGAAAAGUCGUAAUGGACGCCUUCUCGCUAAUUGUGCGAGAUUUGAAGACAACUGACUCUGAUGAGGGAAAUAAUUGAAGUCAAAACGGAGGAGGGAAGCAAAAAGAAAUUGUUACAUACAGAGAAGAGGGAACUUGAGAUAAAUUAAUUGUUUAAUUUAUAUAAAAAAAGGAACAAUAUAGUUUUAAAAAAAAAGAACAUCAGGGGAUCGAAACAACAAUAAAUUCUUAAUUAAAACGUUAAUAGGGGAAGAAAUCAAAGAAGAACGGUUGUAUUUUAAAGAAGUCUGUUAAAAAAACCUCUUACGUUAUGGCAUUGUUCGAGUUAAUCUGGUUUUAAACCGUGACCGCAGAGAUUGUUCAGUUCACCAGCUUCCGUUGCUCUGUGACUUGGUUAAGGUGGACGUGAAAUGUUUUCAUACUAAGUAUGAGUUAACUUUUAACUUAAUUUAAAC